CACACACACACACACACACACAGCGAGUAGACGCAGGACGUAAAGCUUGACAUCAUUUCUCCUCAGUGCAACACGGAGUAUUGUCUUAGUCACCCACACUCGAGCUGCGAACAAGGUGGGAAUGAGGAGCUUUGGCAGCAGCGGGUGCUGUUUCGGGAUAAAUGCACAGACUCUUACAGGUCUACAGACAGGAAGGGAAGCUGCUUUACCUCCGACUCAUUUCCUUCACUGAACUAAACACCGAGAAACAGAAUGCCUUUUUCUUUUUAGCAUAUUCCACUGUGAGGCCUCGUGCUUUGGCUUUGCCAAUCAGGACAGGAUGGACAGAUAGAACAAGGCCAUAAUGGACAAACCUGGAUUGAAAAUCCUGUCAUUUUCCACCUCAGAGGCCAUUUUGUUUUGUAAAGCAAGUCAUCAUAGACCAUAAAACCCACCAUCCGCUUGGCAGGAACAAGCCACGCCAGAAGUGAAUUCCUGUUACUGUGGUGGUUCUUUUACAUUUUUUUUCUCUGGAAAGUCCACCCCGAGGUUCAGUCUGCCUUAACCAUGAUGUUGAGAAGAAAACUGUACUUAGGCGCUUUGCUAGGUGCUAUUUUGUUUUUAAUGAUAGCUGCUCACACCAUUCAGAAGGCCAGUGUUGUGCCCAUCACAGAUUUACCCACUCAUCAAAAUGACAGGAUACCCAUGAAGAACCAGACGCAGUUACAGACGGUUGUCACAGAGCCAAGACGUGGUCAUUCCUGUAGCUGUCCAUCCUGUGUAGCAGACAGGGGUGUGUCGGAGUGGUUUGACCAACAUUAUGAUCACAAACAGCAACCUUACCUCACCGGCAGGGAUGAUGACAUAGAUCCACUUUCUCUGAAGUGGUGGCUGUCUUUGCAGGCAUCUGAUGGAAUGAUCAAGGACAUCACCCAGAAGAUGUUUAAGAUCAUUUCCCCUCCACAUGAGAAUGAAAAGCCACAGCAGUACCAGUGCCGGAAGUGUGCAGUUGUUGGAAACUCUGGGAAUCUGUUGAAGUCCAAACACGGAGACUUGAUCAAUUCACACUCAGUUGUUAUUAGAAUGAAUAAGGCUGUAACUGUGGGCUUUGAAGAGGAUGUUGGUAACCGAACCACCCACCACUUCAUGUACCCAGAGAGUGCGAUCGAUUUGAGACCCGGUGUCCAUCUCGUCCUCCUUCCCUUCAAACUGAAAGACAUGCAGUGGUUGUCCAGCGCCCUUUCCACAGGAGAAAUCAAAACGACGUACAUGAGAGUGAAAAAUCUUGUAGAAGCUGACAAAGACAAGGUGAUAGUUAUAAAUCCAGCCUUCUUUAAGUACACACAUGACAAAUGGACGGAGCGUCAUGGAAGGUACCCUUCCACCGGGAUAGUAGCCAUUAUAUUUGCUCUGCAUCACUGUGAUGAGGUGUCAGUGUUUGGAUAUGGGGCAGACAAACAAGGAAACUGGCACCACUACUGGGAGUACAACAGAUACGCCGGCGCCUUUCGAAAGACGGGCGUCCACAAUGCCGAUUUCGAGACCGAGAUCAUACAGAGGCUCAGCAAAGAGGGCAAAAUCAAACUGUACAGAUGAGCCUGUAAUUGUGGCCUUCACUGACUCAAAGCCAGGAUGUGCAGCAGCUGCAUUGAAGCCAAAGAGACGCAGAUCUGUGAUCCACCCUACCAUUAAUUGACCACUGUGAACUGCACUGAACCAAACCCACAGACAUCAAGCUGUAGUCCUAAGACCAAAUGAACUUUCACUGCGUUUUUACUUGCUUUGUGCCUGAAGAAAAAUGGAUGUUUGCCUUCCUUGGGGGCAUUCGAACUUUGAAGACGACUGACAGUAAGCAAAACGGCUUGAUUUGAGCCUACUUGUAUACUUGUCGCAACCGUUCUGACUAGCCUCACACAGCGUCUGCACUGCUAAUUUACAUGACAAAACUAGUUUCAUGUAUAGUCAACAAAGCUGGUCGCACUAUGGGAAAGAUGUUAAUCAUCAGCAGUUUUCAGGGCAUUAAGGCCUUAAAGUGGAGCAGAAUACGCAACCCAGCUACAGAAUAUUCAGUGAGAGGGGGCGGGGCAUGAGUUCAUCUGUUGGUAAUUGUGUGGAUCAUGAAAAGUAGGUGUUAAAUACCAGAAUAGCAUCUGAUGUGUGGUUGGAGGAUUUUACAUCAGCCGAAAGAGUAUAAUUAAAUUAUUUUCUUUAAAAUAGCAUGUAAUGAUAAAACAUGCAAAAGACCAGUAUUAAAAGGAUAAUUCAUCCAAAAAUAGCUUUUUCUUCACACUGGGGAACAUAGGGGUUCAAACAAUAUUGGACCCCAUUGACUUUCAAAAAAACCUGUUUUUUCAUAAAUACAUAUUUUAAAUAUACAGUAGGCAAAAUUAGAAGGGUAUCAAAAGCUUUCAUCGAUGUUGUCUUAAAAGCAAAAUGCGUUUUUGUCUUGACAACUUUGAUGAAGUCUUUUUUAUCCACUGCUGUAUUUUUAACACAAUGCGUGUUUUUAACGACACGACGGUGAGAGACCGACGCCUGUCAAUUUACAUUUACUUAUGAACUGAAGUACAUAAGGUCGGUUUAAAUUAUAUGUUGACUUGGAGUGCAUUAAAACUUUUGGUGACUAUGGCUUCAAAAUGUCAAAUAAGCAAUACACACAUUUUUAAAAGACAGAAAUGAGUUUGAAUAGUAGAUCUGUACGACUUUUACAGGUGAUGCACUGGCAUCAUUCAAGUCACCAUAAAGUUACUUAUUCAUACUGAAAUCAGCUAAAUAUAGCCAACCACAUGCUGGAUGAUUUGUUUGUGUCACUGAGCUGUGAAAACACAUUCUAGAUUGUAGUUGAGAGUGUGGUGUUUGCGUUGUUGUUGUGUUAUGUGUUUAAUAUCACUAUAUACCUUUAGACCAAAGCCGUCCCUAGAGUGUUCUCAGUGGCACUCAGACUAUAACCUGUAUAGUUACACUUCUGGAUAGAGCACAUGCUGUAUUUCUGUGUCUUUGAUUCAUUGUUUUUGUUUUGUUUUGUUUUUCCCUGAAUUACUAUCGAUUUCUGUAUUUUUAUAGUUGAAAUUACUAGUGAUAGAUGUUCUGUGGUUUUUCUUGUAGUUUGCAUUAUUGUGAACUGUUUUACGGACUGUGACAAGGUUGAAACUUGAGCCGUAAUUUCGUUGUUUGUUGCCAAGUGUUUUCAAGUUGUCGUUUUUUUUUUUUUUUUUUUUUUUUUUUAUCCCUGUGACUUCUGUUCUCGAAUAUAUUUUAGCAUCGUGUUCUUUGCUUCAUGUCAAUCAGUGGCUUUCACGGUUUACAUAGUUCGCAUGGAGAACAAUCACAGAUAUUACGAACGCACGGAUCAAGAAAUCAUUUUCGGGCAAUUACGACUUCGAGCUAAUUCUAAAAGAAACCGAGAUGAAAGUGUGUUUUAACAAUCUAUUUCGAAACAGAACCAAAGCAUGAACAAUAAUUUUAAAAAAAUAACUGAAUUCAAAAGUCACAGUUUAAUAGCAUCCAGGACAGUAUUAAAAAUAAAACAAUUUUUGAUAUUGUCGCAUAAAUAAUGAUAAUAAAAUAAAAAAAAAUACAGAAAAACAUACAAGCCUAUUUUUUUAAUGAGAUACACAAUACAUAAAUAUCUCACAAUACCCUAGUUUCCCAUUCAGGUUCAUAAACAACAAAAGCAGAGCUAAAACCACAAUUUCAACUUUUAAUACAACUGUUUAUAUAUAAGAUCUUCCAAUGCAAGUAGAGAAACAGCUCACCAAUUAUAAUUGAAUAUUUUUUCCAACUGGUGGAUUUAUUUAGGAUUCCAAGAUAUUGAGCAGUAACUCUGGCCAGUUGAGUUUUUAUGGUUUUGUUUUGUUUAACAACGUGACCGCAGAUUUAAUAUUCCCUGGGUGUGACGUGAUUUGCAAAAAUGUCUUCUGCCACAAGUAGUUCUGUACUCUCAAAGCACUUUAAGGAGUUCGUCUGUGUUCAAAGACUGUCCAGCUGAAUGUGAUGCUUCAAACCCAUUGUAAUGGCCAAACUGCGUGAUGUGUGCACAUCUUUGUAAGCUUCUAAGUUCAUGAUGUUUUGUGCGAACCUGUGAUUAAUCUGUUUUCAAUAAACCACUUAACCAUU